AUGUUCUCGAAGACGGUGAUUGGUUUGGUAUCGUUUGCCGUAUUGUGCUCACUCUCCGGGGUGCAGUCGGAUCGGCCCCGUUACAUCCUGCAAAACACCAAAGUGACGUACUUUGAAGCGCUGCGCAACUGUAACGACCUCGGACUCCAGCUGGCCUCGGUAAACAACGCCCAGGACAACACGCUGCUGAAGGCGGCCAUCGGAACGCAAACCGGCCCGUGGUGGUCGGCCGGAACCGAUCUGGGCGACGAGAUGAAGUGGAUGUGGAUCACCUCGAAGAAUCCGUUCGGGUACACCAACUGGGCGCCGGGACAGCCGGAAAAUGCCGACACCAACGAGAACUGCCUGAUUGUUGGAUUCCCCGUCGGGCAAGGUGAAACGAGAUGGAAGGACGAACCGUGCGGGACCAAGUACAAGUACAUCUGCGAGCCGAAAUCCGAGCAGCGUCCGAAUCGGGCUGGUUGAAUCUGAUUGGAUGAAUAUUGUUGUCAC